UUCUAUUCUUCUCUACAUUUGCAUCCUUUCUCUCAGCAUUCCUUGCUUCCCUCUGUCUCUGAGCAUUUUUUGCUUCUCUAUCUUCUCUCUUCCUUACUCGUGAAAAUCCUUACCAUUGCAUAUUUUCUAAGCCUUCUAGAUCUUUCUCACACUUUAAAUUCCUCCCUUCUAGCGAUCCAUACAUACCCAAAAGGAAAAAAGAAAAGAAAAGAAAAAAAAAGACAUGGCUUAUCCGCUGGUCUCGAACGUAGCAGAGAAGUUGAACAACCUCAUCCAAGAUGAGGUAGCUUUGUUGGUGGGUGUCACCGACGAGAUCAAAAAGCUUUCCCGUACGUUUACCUUAAUCCAAGCUGUGCUUAAAGAUGCUGAAACUCGGCGAUCGCAGGACGAAGCUGUGAAGAUCUGGUUGCAGAAUGUCAAAGAUGUGGCCUAUGAUGUAGAUGACAUACUAGAUGAAUGGAUGAUAAAAGCUCUCAAAUCACAAGCACCCGAUGAAGGUAUUGGGUCCUCUUCCAGCAUGAAGAAGGUAAGAAGCUUCCUCUCCUCUGUUACUAGCAUCAAUCAUCUCAAGUUACGCCACAAAAUUGGGAAUAAGAUAAAGGAGGUGAGGGGUAGAUUACGUGACAUCGCUGAAGAGAAGAACCAAUUGGGUCUUAGAGCAGAUAGUGGGGAGGGUGAGAGAGUGGUUAGUGAAUUGAGGCAGGGUGAGAUCAGAUCAGAGCGAGAAACAAGCUCCCUAGUCAACCCAUCGUCAGUGAUAGGCAGAGAAGGUGAAAAAAAUGAAGUCAUAGGCUUGCUGCUGCAGGAGGUAACUGAGGUGCCCUUUGUCAUUUCUAUCGUUGGAAUGGGGGGUUUGGGCAAGACCACUCUUGCUCAGCUCAUCUACAACGAUGAGAAAGUGGAGGGUUUUGACAUGAAAAUGUGGGUUUGUGUUUCUGAACAUUUUGAUGUGAAACAGAUUACGAAAUCAAUCAUAAAAUCUGCAGAUGGGUCUAUUAAUUGUGAUCAUCAAGACCUGGACCAUUUGCAACGUCUCCUCCGUGGUAUGUUGAAAGCAAAGCGAUUCUUGCUGGUGCUUGAUGACGUUUGGAGCAAAGACAGCGAGAAAUGGGAGAAGCUGAUACUUCCCUUCCAAGAUGGUGCACCCGGGAGUCGAAUCAUUGUAACCACUCGUAUCGAAGAUGUUGCAGGCAUGAUGGGAAGCACUGAUCACAUGCACAAACUGGCGGUCUUAUCCGAUGAGGAUUGCUGGUUAUUGUUCAGAAGUAAAGCGCUGGAGCAUCGGAGUGAAGAAGAGCGUUCUGAGCUGGAAGAGAUUGGAAGGCAAAUCGUAAAGAAAUGUGCAGGGGUGCCUCUCGCUGCAAAGACAAUAGGGAGUGUCAUGCACUUGAAGACUAGAAGCCAGUGGGAGCUUGUCUUGCGAAGUGAGAUGUGGAACUCAGGUGAUGUCUUUGAUGGCAUUUUACCGGCUUUGUUACUAAGCUACUAUGAUUUGCCUCCUGCUCUGAAGCAGUGUUUUGCAUAUUGCUCCGUCUUUCCGAAAGAUUGGUUGAUAGAGAAGGAUAUGAUAGUCAAGUUAUGGGUGGCACAAGGUUUCAUCUGCUCCAUUAAUGGAAGUGAAGACAUGGAGGAAAUUGGCGAACAGUAUUUUGUUGAUUUGCUAAGGCGCUCACUGCUCCAAGAUGCAGAAAUCGGUCGUGACGGCAGUAUAUUCAGGUGCAGGAUGCAUGAUUUAGUUCAUGAUCUAGCGCAACAUGUUGCAGGAAGUGACUUUGCAAUGGUGGGGAACCUAAAUAAUGUCCGGCAUUGUUUUUUAGUUGGCAAUGAUGAAACUGGUGAUGAAGCUCAUAAAGCGGCUUCCAUUUCGGCCACCUUGCAUCAGGCCCACAAGUUGCGGACCUUGAUACUAGGUUCGAAAAUCUCUAUGGUGCCAGACAAUUUAUUUCAUCAUCUGAGACACCUUAGAGCAUUGGACUUGAGUCUCACUGACAUCGAGAAAUUUCCUCAGACAGUAGGACAGUUGAAACACUUGAGAUAUCUUGAUUUAUCUGACACGGACAUAGAGGAGUUGCCAGAGGAAUUGAGUAAUUGCAUCAAUUUACAGAUCUUGAGACUCAAUUACUGUGAUAAGCUAACAAAAUUGCCUAGAGGAAUGAGGAAAAUGAUUAGGCUGAGGCAUCUAGAAUUUGAUUACUGUUAUGGUUUGAGCUACUUACCAGAGGGGAUAGGGAGACUAACAGAGCUUCGGACGCUAACAAAGUUCAUUGUGGCGGAAGACGACCAAGGAUGUAAAUGGGGAGAAUUGAAACACCUCAAUCAUCUUCAAGGAAGUCUUCGAAUUUCCGGCUUGCAAAAUGUCAGGAGCAGGGACGAAGCUAGCGAGGCAGAACUGCAUGAGAAGCAGCACCUUCGUGCUCUAUCCUUAGAGUGCGAUGAUGACGUAUAUGGUAAACCGUUGGAUGAUGAGGUGAAGAGGAUGGAGGGUGUGCUCGAAAGCCUUCAGCCUCACACAAACUUGAAAGAGUUGGAAAUAAUGAGUUACAAAGGUUUCAAACUUCCCAAGUGGAUGGGGGAUCCGAUUUUCUCCAAUCUAGUCAAGAUUGGACUCCGGUAUUGUCCCGAGGGUAAACAACUUCCAGGUCUUGGGAAACUACCGGCCCUUAAAUAUCUUUUUAUUAGGGGAAUGGUAGAGGUGAAAAAAGUGGGUGGUGAGUUUAGUGGGGAUGAUCAAAAUGAUGGAAGUGGUGGUGGUGGUGUCUCAUUCCCCAAGCUGGAGACCCUCUGUUUCGAGGAAAUGCCAAAUUGGGAGGAGUGGGAAUUGAGAGGUGGAGAUGGAGAGGUUAUGCCGUCACUCCUUAAAUUAGACAUAAAUGACUGCCCAAAGCUGAAGGCGUUGCACUUACCUGUGCUCCCCAACCUUAACUGUUUGAGGAUUAGUAACUUUGAUGAGCUGACGUCACUACCUGUUGGAUCUCUACCAGUGGAGUUGGGACAACUAAGAGCGCUAACUCUGGACCUCGGGGAGUGUCCACAGCUGGAGUCUCUACCAGUGGAGUUGGGACAACUCAAUGCCCUCCAAACUCUGCAGAUCAACUAUUGUCCACAGUUGGAGUCUCUACCAGAGGAUUUGGGACAACUCAAAGCUCUCCAAACUCUGCAGAUAUGGACUUGUCCACAGUUGGAGUCUCUGCCAAAGGAGUUGGGACAACUCAAAGCCCUCCAAACUCUGGAGAUCUAUGAUUGUCCACAGUUGGAGUCUCUGCCAAAGGAGUUGGGACAACUCAAAGCCCUCCAAACUCUGGAGAUCUCCUAUUGUCCACAGUUGGAGUCUCUGCCAAAGGAGUUGGGACAACUCAAAGCCCUCCAAACUCUGGAGAUCUCCUAUUGUCCAGAGUUGAGGUCUCUACCGGAGGAGUUGCAACACCUCAUAAUGCUUCAACAAUUGACGAUCUACGGCUGUCCAGUCUUAGAAGAGCGCUGCCAAGAUGGAGGAGAAGAUCAUCACAAGAUUGCCCACAUCCGGAAUAUCAACAUUCAUCCAUGUGAAUGAUCCACUCCAAUACGAGGAGAGGUGGAGAAGAAAUCAACAACAGCUUUUCAUUUGGUUUUGUUUCAAGUAAUUGUGUACUAUUUAUUUAUUUAUUUUCUUUUUUCUUUUUCAAUGGAUUUACUUUUAAUAAAUGUCAAUCUAUCUAGGUAGACUAGUUUGCUGGGUUGCUGCCUUGUUUUUCUAAUAAACACAAGUUGUCUGUUUUGGAGGUCAGGUUCUUUGCCCCCCUCCAUCUCAUGUAAUUUUUCCUUUUUAAUUA